CGGACUGCCAGUGUCAGACGACGUUUGAAGUUUGUAUCAACAACAACGCAGAAAAUUGAAAACAACAUUCUUGAAUACUUUUUAUUGAAAUAAUCUUCUAAUAUUCUCAAAGAGUUUGCUUCAAAAUGGGUAAAAAACAGCACCAGAAAGAUAAGAUGUACCUGACGUACACGGAGUGGUCCGAGUUCUACGGUGGCCACAAAGCGGCUUCGGUCGAAAACGAGCAGAUCAAGUUCAAGCGACUGCCCUUCGAUCACUGCUGUCUGUCGAUGGUUCCCUUCGAACAUCCGUACUGCGACAAGGAUGGGAAUGUGUUCGAGUUACAGGCCAUCGUUGACUUCAUCAAAAACUUCAAGGUGAACCCGGUAACGGGAGCUCCCCAAGAUGGGAAAUCGCUGAUUAAGUUGAACUUUAGCAAGCACCACGAUGGGCAGUACCACUGCCCGACGCUGUUUAAGCCGUUUACUAAAAAUUCACACAUCGUGGCCAAUGGCAAGACGGGAAACGUAUUUUCCUACGAAGCUAUCGAGCAGCUGAACGUCAAGGCCAAGAAUUGGAAGGAUCUGCUGGAUGAUACGCCAUUUACGAGGAAGGAUCUGAUCACGAUUCAGGAUCCGGCCAAUUUGGAGAAGUUCAACAUCAGUAGCUUCCAUCACAUUAAGAAGAAUCUGCGGGUGCAAACCGAGGAGGAACUGGCGGAGAAGAAAGAUCCCCAAGGCCGGCUGAAAACGAUUUCGAUGGAAACCAGGGAGAUUCUGACGCAGCUGGAAAAGGAUUACAAAGCUCCGGAAGAGAAGGCCACGGAGCAUAAGGUGGCGGACAAGUUCAACGCGGCCCAUUACUCCACGGGGGCGGUGGCCGCGGCUUUCACGUCCACUUCGAUGGUUCCGGUGUUGAAUCACGAGGCAGCCAUUAUCGAGGAGGAUGUGAUCCGAUACGAAAGGGUUAAGAAAAAGGGCUACGUCAGACUGUUGACGAACUUUGGCGCGCUGAAUUUGGAGCUGUAUUGCGAUCAGGUCCCGAAGACGUGCGAGAACUUCCUGAAGCAUUGCCAGACUGGGUAUUACAAUGGAUGCUUGUUCCAUCGAUCGAUCCGGAAUUUCAUGCUGCAAGGCGGUGAUCCGACAGGGGUGGGUAACGGUGGAACGUCAAUCUGGGGCAAGAAAUUUGCCGACGAAAUCCGGCCGAAUCUGUCGCACUCCGGGCGCGGAAUCCUGUCGAUGGCCAACUCGGGUCCGAACACCAAUGGGUCGCAGUUCUUUAUAACAUAUCGCUCGUGUCGACACCUGGACGGAAAGCACACCAUUUUCGGCAAGCUGGUCGGUGGCCUGGAAGUUCUCACCGAGAUGGAACGGGUUGAAGUGGACAACCGAGACCGGCCGAUCGAAAACAUCUUCAUCCAGCGUGUGCAAGUGUUCGUCGAUCCGUUCCUGGAGGCGGACGAAGAGCUGGCCAAACAACGCUCGGAUGAGCUGGAGCGCGUGCAACGGGAAGCGCAAGAGAAACAGAAGAAAACCGCCCGGGCACAACCCCUGAAGGUGUUCCGAUCCGGCGUGGGCAAGUAUCUGGACAAAGAGGUAACGAAGCGGCUAGUCGAACCGGAAGCGUCCACCAGCGGGGUGGACCCUACGCUGACAAAGAAGCGCAAAAAAGAAGAAACGAUCAGUAAACUGGGAAACUUCAAUGCUUGGUAAGUCUGAGUUUUAACUAAUCAAAAUCUAUUUAAUAUCUAUCUACAACA